AUGAGUACAACGCCCAGAGUGAGAUUCCAGAGACUUCAAGUUCUUGGUAGAAAGGCAGUCGAACAGGUGCUCAAGACCUCUUUUGCAGAAGAGCAAGUCAAACAAUGUUAUCCAAAUAUUAUGGAAUCAGAGGCAGGUGCCGCAAAGCUAGAGAUCGGGAUGACUCGUCUUCAGGAAUACCUUCAUGAUAGCACGGUAGCAGAAUUUAAUCACAUAUAUGACGAGAAUAAUUUGUCUGAGAAAUUGGAUGAGCUCGAUGAGCUUAUAUAUCUGGCACAGGAAAGGAAAAGAAGUGGAGAAUCCACGGCGGAAGGUAAGCAAGUUGCAAUUGACCAAUUGUCAGCAGAGGACAUCUUGAGCUCGAUGGCUCUCAGUAACAAAGACGAUGUACUAGGAAAGUUGAACUUGGUUUAUGACCAGUUAUGUCGUGAUAACGAUGAACUACUAGGUUCAUUGGAUGAGAAAGCUAAAGAGAACGAAGUUCUUGCAGGUAAGAUUUUCGAGAUUUGGGAACCAAUACUACGCCAAAAGGAAGUGUUGCAACUGAAUUCGGUACAGAUAGACAAGUCGAUGUACAAGUCAACUGCUUAA